AUGGCGCCCUGGAUUAUGGGAGAGAAGUUCAACACUGUCUACCCGCAUAAGGGGUCUAUCAAGGCCCUGUGGGAGACCAAGUGGAAAUUCGCUUGUGAGAAGUCGAUCUAUCCCUUCCACGACGGUUCGAUCGAGGAUUUCGAACCCAUCUUCCAAAAGUUGAUCAAGGACAACACCAACGAUGCCUACGAGGACGCCUACACCCAGGCCUUCUUCCCCAUCGCCGAAUCGCUUGAAAGCGAAGCCGCCGAUGCCCUCAAGAACAACAACCCUCAAACCGCUUCGGACCUCCUCCGCCGCGCCGCCGUCGUCUACCGCAUCUCUCGCUUCCCCUACGUAGACCCGACCAAGAACGACAUCAAGAAGGAAGCCUUCGCUCGCCAGAAGCGCGUCUAUCUGCAGGCGGCCUCCUAUUGGACCCCCAAGAUCGAGGAGAUCAUCAUCCCGCACAAGCACAAGGCGGCCGCCGACGCCGCCGACGUCCCGCUCUUCGUCCGCCUCCCCGAGCACGCCAACCCCAACGCCCCCGUGCCUGUCAUCCUGCUGAUGACCGGGCUGGACGGCUACCGGCCCGACAACAGCCAGCGCACCCACGAGAUCAUCAACCGCGGGUGGGCCGUCGUCAUCGCCGAGAUCCCCGGUACGGCCGACUCGCCGGCCGACCCCAGCGACCCCGAGUCGGCCGAUCGCCUCUGGAACACCGUCCUGGACUACAUCGCCAGCCGCGCCGAACUGGACUCCUCGCGGGUCGCCGCUUGGGGCCUGAGCGCCGGUGGGUUCUACGCCAUCCGCGCGGCGCACACCCACCGGGACCGGCUGGCGGGCUGCAUCGCCCACGGGCCGGGCUGCCACUACUUCAUGGAUAAGGAGUGGUUGACGCGCGUGGAUGACCACGAGUAUCCUUUCCUACUCACCCCAGCCUGGGCCAAGAAAUACGGCUACACCGACGUGCAGGACUUCCGCGCCAACGCCCAGAAGAAGUUCUCGCUCGUAGAGACCGGUAUCGUCGACCAACCGAGCACCCGGCUGUUGUUGCUGAAUGGCGUCGACGACGGCGUCACCCCAAUCGAAGACUGUCUCGUACUCUUCAACCACGGCAGCCCCAAGGAAGGACGAUUCUUCCCUGGUCUUCCGCACAUGGGAUACCCGCACAGUCUGCCCGUGUCGUAUAAGUGGUUGGAGGAGGUGUUGCAGUCUGCGCCUGUUAUUCAAAAGAACUAG